CGUGGGUACACGCAGAACGUUAGGGUCAGAAUGUGGAAUCGUGUCACACAGGGUAUAACAAAUUGGAAUAAAAAUACAAGCUCGGACACUGAAAAUUAAUCAGGAUCUCAGUUGCCUGUAUUUGUUACACGUGUAUAUAAUUCGCAUAAAUAGCGAGAUCUGGGUUAGAACAAAUACCAAAUCGAUUUUCACUCUCGUCUUCUAACAAGUUAAGUACUACAAUAGCCACAAAAUUUUUUCUCUCACGGGUUAUUUAUUAUUGUGCUAUCUAUAACUAAGGAAGAAAUUACAAUGUUGGGGAAAAAGUCUCAAACAAUUUUGGUAGCAAUACUGUCCAUCCUUUUUUGUUUAUCCAGUGUUUCGAAUGGAGUUUUCAUUGAUAUUCAAGACGGAUUAUUUGUCGUAAACGCAACUAUGGAGAACGACACACUGCAUGUGUCAAUCGUAGCCGAGACGAUAGGCUAUGUUGCAUUUGGUCCAUCUCCUGAAGGAAUGAUGACGGGAUCGGAUGUUAUAAUUGCUGGUUAUGAUCCCAUUACGCAGACAUCAUACAUCGGGGACCACUUUUUUAAUUUCCGACCUCCACCAAUCGUGGAUACCAUUCAAAAUGUGAGACUACUCUGGGCCUCUGAAAAUGGGACUCAUACAUCAGUUUCAUUCACUCGACCACUGGACACUGGCGAUACGCUACAAGAUCUUCCAAUUCAGGUAGAAUCAAACACAAUUUUAUAUAUGGGCUACGGGGUCCGACGAUGCACUUGGAUUUCACAACAAUAGAGGAUACAUACAAGUCAAUUUGUUCGAUGCCUAAAAUCUCAAUAUUAUCAAACUGAUUAGGGCACCAUUGUACCGGAUCAAGUAAAUUUUCGAAAUCCAAUUACAUGUAUACGAGACAAAGGCAUAGAUAUUAGGGUUAUAUUAUUACGUGUAGUGUAUUUUUCGGUUAUAUAUUCUUGAGAUAACCAAACUUGUACAUAUCAUACAUAUAUACAAAGUAAUAAUAAAUACAGAAGUAUCAUAAAAAAACAAAAA